GCUGGGAACAUUUUCGCUGGUAGACAGAUCUACGCGAACCCCUACUACGCCUCUGAGAUUGCUGCUGCCAUUCCAGCUCUUCCAAGCAGUCUCAGAGCUAAGGCUAGUGCAGUUGCAAAGAUUGGAACCUUUGUCUGGCUUGACACCGCCGCUAAGGUACCUACUAUGGACACCUAUCUCGCGGACAUCGAGAAGCAGAAUGCUGCUGGUGCAAGUCCCGAGAUCAUUGGAGCAUUUGUGGUUUAUGACCUGCCCAACCGUGAUUGUGCCGCCCUUGCUUCCAACGGAGAGUUGACCGUCGCCAAGGAUGGUCUCACCAAGUACAAGGCAUACAUCGACUCGAUCGCUGCUAUCCUCAAGAAGCACUCCUCGACUAAGGUCGCUCUUGUUAUCGAACCCGACAGUCUUGGCAACUUGGUCACCAACUCGAACGUCGCCAAAUGCCAGGAAGCCCACGAUGCCUACAUCAGUGGUGUCGAAUACGCAAUCAAGACUCUCAACUUCAACAACGUCGCCAUGUACCUAGACGGAGGCCACGGAGGAUGGUUAGGCUGGCCAGCUAACAUCGGCCCUGCUGCUGACCUCUUUGCAAGCAUCUAUACAGCCGCAGGAAAGCCCAAGGCUGUUCGUGGAAUUGCCACGGACGUCUCCAACUACAACGCCUUCCACCUCGACGCAGCUCCCUCGUACACAGAGAGCAACCCUAACUUCGACGAACAGCGUUACGUCAAUGCUCUUGCUCCUCUCCUGACAGCCCAAGGCUUCCCAGCACAUUUCAUCAUUGACCAAGGCCGCUCAGGUGUUCAGCCUACAUCUCAAUUGGCCCUUGCAGACUGGUGCAACGUAAUCAACACUGGUUUCGGUACCCGUCCGACCACAAACACUGGCGAUGCGCUGGUCGAUGCAAUUGUAUGGGUCAAGCCCGGCGGCGAAUCUGACGGAACCUCGGACUCUACUUCUCCUAGAUAUGAUUCCCAUUGUGGCUACGCUGAUGCUCUCAAGCCUGCUCCUGAAGCGGGCACUUGGUUCCAGGCUUAUUUCGAGCAGUUGCUCAAGAACGCUAACCCUGCGUUGUGA